AUGGCAUCCUGGACGUCUUGGACUGUAGCAGUUCUCGCCCUAGUCCUUAGUCACGGACCAUUAGCCAUUUCGGGAACCUUUGGUCUCCUGCCGAAUGUUUCGGAGGCCGUGCACGACAUCAAGGCGGCGCUGGGCUUCAUAAAGGCUCCUCCAGCAGUGCCCUCAAAGCACGACCAGCUGAAGGCCGAUCUGUUCCCAGGGAAACAGACCCAGCCGCUGCCAAGUCCCCUGGGCACUUACGGCCCGGCCUAUGCCUAUGACCUGGUCAGGAACGGCACGUCCGGAGGCCCCUUCAACCCGGAUCCGCAAAUACCCUCUGUCACCCAGGAGACCGGCCGCAAGCUUGCAGAGACCUCCAGUUUUGCAGCCACUUCCCUGCAGGCAAAGCUGCAGCAGGCAACGCCCCUGGACGCCGUGGUCUCCACAGGCUCAGAAGUGGUGUACUCUGGGAACAACGGCACCAUCGACAGCACCAAUUUCUUCCUCCAGUUCUAUUUUGCCGUCACCAACCGGGCGGUUACUAAGUUCCGGCUGGAGACGGGGACCUACAGGGUGACAAACCCGAAUUCAAAUUUCAACCUGCUCCUCACCUGCCAGGGAGUCGUCCGCUCUGCUUUCGAGUUGGACUUUGGCGGCAGCACAAUCAUCUUCCAGGAUGGAACUCUGGGCGGUAUAUUUUUCAACUACUGCUACAAUCUGACCGCUCACAACGCCACCUUCUACUAUGACUUCAGCGUAAACCCCUGGUAUCAGUCCACCCUGGAUGACAUUUCAUCCGAUGGCCGAACCUGGAACAUCACGGUACAAGAUGGCUACCCGAUAGACAUGGUCACAGCCAACUAUCAGGCGCUGUGUGUUGGGUGGGAUCCUGACAGCCGUCUGCCGCGCACAAAUGCAUCGGACAUCUACCCUCAGCAGGGCCUCACUACAUCCCUGGGAGGGCGCAGCUUCCAAUUCAAAUUCGGAUACAACGUCGUCGGCUUUUCCAAGGGAGAUUUCGUCACUUGCCGCGGCAACAGAGGGAACCAUGGAAUCCUGCCGUGGUACAACAAGGACAGCACCUUCCAGGACCUGACCAUCUACAACUCGGCGAUCUUUGGCAUCUACGAGGAGACAGGCAGCGGCAACACGUACAUCAACAACCAGGUGGUCCCCUACCCACUCCCGGUGGGCAGCGGUGGUCUGAGGGAGAGGCCCUUGCAGAGCUCCCUGGCAGACGGCUUCCACUCCAGCGGAUCCUUCAAGGGGCCCACCCUAAUCCGUAACUACUUCACCAACAUGGGCGACGACGGAAUCGCCAUCCAUGGCCGCUACUACCUCGUUGUCGGGACGGACAAAGACCAAGGAGUGAUCCAAGUGGCCACACUUUGCGGGUACCCGUGCGAGCGCCUCUUCCGCGGCAACAGCUUGCUCGCCUACAAAAGCUCCACUGAGCGCCUCGGCUUCACCAAGAUGCUCUCCGUCACCUUGCUCCCCAGCAACCCCCUGCCUGCAGGAACGCGGAGCAUCACAUUCCCCUAUUCAAACCUGGACAACUCAAAGUAUCUCAACGUCACUGUUGAAUGCUGGCCUCCUGCGUAUGACAACCUGACGUUUGACAGCAUAGUCACAUCGCUGGACAACCAGGGCAACGGCUUCAAUCUCAUCAACAACACCAUCUCUUACAACCGCGGCCGAGGGAUGCUGCUCAAAGCAAAUGACGGCAUAAUCACCGGCAACCAGUUCAUCCAGACAAAGUUCGUGGCAGCACAGAUCAACCCGGAGUUCUUCUUCCAGGAGGCGGACUUUUCCUCCAACCUGCUCAUCCAGGGCAACAUCUUUGACUCGUUCUAUGGCGGCAUCCAACUCGCAUUUAUAAAUGACAACCCCCUGCUGCCGGGGCGGUUCCAAAACCACGCCAACAUCAACAUCACCGGCAACAUCAUCCGGAGCGCCGCGGACCAGCCGAUGCUUAUCACGUCAUCUACGGGCAUCAUAGUCCGCGACAACAUUUUCGACAAAGUGCUGUGCUACCCGUACACUUACGGGGCAUCGCUGCCGUUUGUGCCAACUCCCCAGCCGCCGAUCUACCUGGCAUAUUCCUCCAACCUGCUCUUCAGCGGCAACUCGUACAUCGUGCCCGCAAACUGCACCUACGGGGACUUUGCCAACCCAAUCCAGACCUACCAGAACACCGUCACCGGCCUUGUCAUCCAGUGA